UUUCCACUCAAUCCUGCUCUAUCCACUGAGUCUUUGGGUCCUAUACACAUUCGAUUGUUGUAUGUCCUGGAGCAUCAAAACCACGCGGUAAAGAUGAAAGCAAUCAACUUCCUCACAUGGGCGAUCUCACUCGCCGCUCCCAUUCUUGCACAGGAGUUUUUUCCUGCCCUGAAUAACACACCAGCCGUCUCAGUAGCAGCACGGAAUCCCCUUGACAGACGAGCAGUUGAUUACUGCUAUGCUUCAUCCUAUUACUGCAUCAACACCCUUUGCUGUGGCAUAACAAGUUACAACUGCCUCCCAACAGGCGCCGAAUGCUGCAGCAGUCUUUCCGCAUAUGGCUUCGGUCUCUUCUGCCCUUCAGGCUCGACCUGCGUUAUUGAAAGCGGGUACGUGCAGUGCCAACGGACAAGCGGCGGCUUCGAAUCUGCGGAAUCGAGUCUCGCCCCUACAGCUACAGGAACUUCAAGUGGAACCGCUUCCCAAACACGAUCCGUGACUAGCGAAACGACAAGCUCGACCACAGACGAGAGCGAGAGCGAUUCCAAGACGAAGACGAAGAAGAAGAAGAGCAAAGCUUGGAUCGCUGGUGCUGUUGUCGGACCGCUGUUGGGUAUCGCACUCAUCGCUGCCGUCACAUUCUUCCUCUCCGUAGUGAAGAAGAACAAAGCAAAGAAAGCCGCUGCUGCCAACACCGCAACUAUCAUGGCCCAGAACAACACUAACAACCAAGGCUACUACGGCAAUGGCAAGCCAGAAAUAACCCCAGCACCUCCAACUCAAAUCCACCAAGAUCAAAAACCAACAAUGUUCGCACACACGCAAUCCUACGAUAACCCUCCCACUCCCCUGGGUAGCCCGCCUCCACAGUGGACACCCCCGGCCCAACCACAACCGCAGACAUCGACGACACCAUCAUGGCCAGGUUCAUCGCCCGCGAGUCCGUCUCCAACGGUCGUUGCCCCCGUGCCCAUCGCCGCUCACACCAAUAAUGUCGUGCCACCGCCAAAUGUGCCGAAUGAGUUGUAUGGAGGUCAGGCGGUGGGGCAUCAGAGCCAGGGCCCCGUGUCACCGAUGAAUACGGGGGACGGGUAUGGUGGUGGAGUGGCGGCUCAGCAGCAGCAGCAGCAGCAACAACAUAACGGAUGGCAAAAUUCGAAUGCUAUGGAGUUACCUACGGCCCCGCCGGUGCAGAACGUUAGGGGUGGUGCGCAUGAAUUGAGUUAGUUGAAUUCGAAAUCGAUUUUGGGGGAGUUAAUCAGGUGUAAUGAGUUAAUUGGGAAUUCAGGAGAUGAUAUGUUAUGUAUAGGCUGGACAUAUUUCAUAUGAAUAAAUUCCUCCCUGCUUUUCCAAGUUCGUGGACGUGAUGAUAUGAAUGAAAGUAGGUGAUUUCUCCUCGAAAUGUUUGCGUGUGAGUAUAUCAGGUACAUGCAUCAUGCAUGAAACCUUCAGGUUUAACACGUGAGAUAAAGUGGAAGAGCAGAGGGGAACUAUUGAUCUGGGCACGUUCAUCUCACGUAGAGAAACAUGAUAUUGAGAACAUGUAUACAGCACACAACUCUCAAGUACAUCCUCAGAU